AUGAUCUCCAGCCAGCCUGCCAACAGAGGAAACAACAGCAGUUAUACAAAUAUUUUGAUCAUGACCAGCACACGAACAGGCUCUUCAUUUGUGGGGAACAUUUUCAACCACCAUGGAGAGACAAUGUUCUAUUUGUUUGAGCCUCUGUGGCAUGUUAGCAAAUCAAGAAAAGCUAACAGGACACUCUUAGAAGAACUCUAUCGGAACGUACUCUGGACACUCUUUCGGUGUGAUUUCUCUCUUCUUGAGCUCUUCAUCGAUCCUCCACCAAAGAAACAUGUCACCUCUUCUCUGUACCACAGAGAUUCUAGUCGAGCGCUUUGUGAAACUCCUGUCUGCACAAGGUAUUGUAUAUAUUCUUUUAUCUUGUAUCAUUGUAAUAGCCCCCACUGUGGCCCACUGAAUUUGACGCUUGCAUCGGAGUCCUGCCUCUCCAGAAAACAUCAUGUCAUCAAGACCGUCCGUCUGCAACAGCUGGACCUCCUGCAGCCUCUGAUAGAGGACCCUGACCUGCAAUUAAAAAUUAUUCAGCUGGUUCGAGACCCGAGAGCAAUCGUUGCUUCCCGCAUGGUGGCUUUCUCUACUUAUAAUAAAUGGAAGUACUGGGCGCAGCAUGGUAAGGUACCUGAGGAUGACGAGGGGAUGAAGGGCAUCAGAGAAUAUUGCAGUCAUUUACAGUUUAAUGCAAAACUGGGACUUAGCCGACCGACUUGGCUAAAGAGUCACUAUAUGUUGGUGCGUUAUGAGGAUAUUACUCAGCAACCAUUAAAGAAGGCUGAGGAAAUGUACAACUUUACAGGAAUACCGUUCAACUCCCAAGUCAGGGAAUGGAUCUUAAAUAACACACAAAAGUCAGAUAACAAUAUUUAUUCCAGUCAGAGGAAUUCAUCAGAACAAGCAGAUAAAUGGAGAAAGAAGUUUCCUUUUAAACUGGCUCAGGUAGUGCAGCAAGUCUGUGAACCUGCUAUGAAGCUGUUUGGAUAUAAAUUAGUGAGUAACCAAGAAACAUUAGCCAAUUUAUCUAUUAGUUUAACUGAAGAAAAGGUGUUUAAUUAA